AAUUUUUUAUAUACAUUUUGUGAUUUAUAUUUUUUCAUUAUCCUAUUUUUUUAAGAGCUGAGAAGCGUAGAAAAUAUCUCCGCUAAUUGUGAUUAUAAGGUGAGAAAACAGAUAAAAAAUAUUAUGGCUAUAAGUCUCUAUUGUCAUACUAAUUAUUUGUAACAGUUCUAAUAAGAGUAAUUUGUUAAGGAUGUCGUUGACUCUCUGGUUUUCGUAGAAUAUACCAAAGAGUAACAAUAUGAGAGAAAUAAACAUUUGACAAAACUGACACGGUCAUUUAACUUGAAAGAAUGUGUCUUAAACUAAUUGUAUGCAAUCGAUAUAAAUUAUAUACGUCUCAAACUGUAUUUUUGCAAGUGCAAUAAACCGAUGCUUGUACAAAUUUAACAGUUCUAAUUUUUGGAUUCUCCGAGAAAAGAUUUUGAAUGUUAUAUAUAAAUGUAAAAUAUGUUACAGCUAUUUAAAUUUUUUUUCAUUUGUUUUAUUAUUUGACAAAUGAAAGCAGAAGCUGAAAGAGCUUUAUCAAUUAUGACAGUUGUUAAAGCGCAUUCGAACCUAGAAAAUAUUUGCAAGGAUGUUACAUCGACUAAUACCACGUGGAAUAUUUAAAUUUGCGAGACAGUCUCGCACGACGAUCAGAAAUUCGCGAAAUUUUCAUGUCAAUGUUAGUCCAGCGGAAAAGGCAAAGUGCGGUGUGGACAACAGCAGCAGUAACUAUCCUCUCAUAGAUCAUUGCUACGACGUGGUGAUAGUAGGAGCAGGAGGCGCAGGAUUAAGAGCAGCCUUUGGUCUCGGCAGAAAAGGAUACCGCGUAGCGGUGGUGUCGAAAUUAUUCCCGACAAGGUCGCAUACCGUCGCCGCCCAGGGUGGCAUCAAUGCCGCCAUCGCCGAAGGAAAAGAGGACAACUGGCUCUAUCAUAUGUAUGACACCGUGAAGGGAUCCGACUGGCUGGGUGAUCAGGACGCGAUACAUUUGCUCGCGAGAGAAGCACCUCGAGCAGUUUACGAGCUCGAAAAUUACGGUUGCCCUUUUAGUCGUACAGAAGACGGAAAGAUCUAUCAGCGCGCUUUCGGAGGCCAGUCGUUGAAAUUCGGCAAAGGUGGACAAGCUAAGCGAACCUGCGCUGUCGCUGAUCGAACUGGCCAUGCGGUACUUCACACCCUUUACGGACAGAGUCUUCGCUAUGAUGUACACUAUUUCAUCGAGUAUUUUGCUCUCGAUCUGCUCAUGCACGGCCGAUGCUGCAAAGGGAUUCUUGCGUGGGAACUGGAGACAGGUCUUCUGCAUCGAUUCAGGGCUCAUCAUACGGUAAUCGCAACGGGUGGUUCCGGAAGAUGUUACUUCUCCUGCACCGCUGCGCACGCCUGCACCGGCGAUGGUAUGGCAAUCGCAUGUCGAGCAGGACUGCCGUUGCAGGACAUGGAGUUCAUCCAGUUUCAUCCGACCGGCAUUUAUGGCAGCGGCAUACUCAUCACUGAAGGCAGCAGAGGAGAAGGUGGCAAACUGCUCAACUCCAACGGGGAAUUCUUCAUGGAAAAGUAUGCGCCUGUAGCUAAGGAUCUGGCCUCCCGCGACAUCGUCUCCAGAGCUAUGACCAUCGAAAUACUGGAGGGAAGAGGCGUCGGACCAAAGAAAGAUCAUAUUUAUUUGCAAUUAAGUCACCUGCCAGCCAACCUGAUACACGAGCGGUUACCCGGAAUUUCGCACCUCGCCUGGGUGUUCGCCGGAGUAGACGUGACAAAGCAACCGAUCCCCGUAAUUCCCACGGUGCAUUAUAACAUGGGCGGCAUACCUACGAAUUGGCGUGCACAAGUAUUAACACGAGAAAACGAGGAAGACAGACCGAUCGAAGGUCUCUGGGCAGCUGGUGAGACCGCGUGUGCGUCUGUUCACGGCGCUAAUCGACUGGGCGCUAAUAGUCUUCUGGAACUAGUGGUCUUUGGCAAAGCUAUCGCCGAUCAAAUCGACUGUAUCGCUAGACCUGGCGAACGUCACGAAGAUCUGUCACCAGAGAUCGGUGAACAGUCGAUUUGUCGCUUCGAUGCAACCCGUUAUGCGAAAGGUUGCGUUCCUGUGGUCGAGCUGCGCGACGAGAUGCAACGCAUGAUGCAAAAAUAUUGUUCGGUAUUAAGAUCUUGUGAUAUUUUACAACGUGGAUGUAGGGAGAUAACCCGUCUGUACACAUGCGAUUUACCGGAUCUAUGUGUGCAAGAUCAGUCCCUCAUUUGGAACACUGAGCUCGUCGAGGCCUUGGAGCUACAAAAUAUGAUGCUCGUUUCCAUGCACAUUGUCUACGCGGCCGAGAAUCGAAAGGAGUCGAGAGGCUCGCACUUCAGGGACGACUUCAAGGAGAGAAUUGAUGAAUACGACUACACAAAAUCACUCGAAGGACAGAAGAAACGACCUUACGCGGAACACUGGCGUAAGCAUACGCUUACAUGGGCCCAGGAAGAUGGAUCGAUUUGCAUCUCUUAUCGGCCUGUUAUUGACACGACUCUAGAUGAAAGUGAGGCUCAACAUGUUCCGCCUGCAGUUCGCGCGUAUUGAAUUGCAAACAGUCGGUUAAUUAAUAAAAUGUAAUGACAGCUGCGCGAUUGUGAAUUUAAUCAGCUAUCUGUUAUCACUAACCCCAUAUUUCAAAUCAAGCACAUUAAAUGUGGAAAAACUAAUACAUCAGAGAAAUCGUCACAACAUUUAUGCAAAAAUUUUUGUUCAUAAAAAUAUAUUACUUCUUAUGUGCAGAUGAUAAUCUGCAUAAGCUUUUUAUGCAUUUCUCGGUAUCCUUGCAUGUGUCAUACGUUAGCUGUGUGAUUCAUAGGUAGAAUUAAUUAAGUUCAACGUUGUAUCAAUUAGAUUACAAGGAAAAAAUGAAUCGAGAUUGACGUUAUAUAUAUUUUUUUAAGUAGGUUUCAGAAGUUUUCAGAAAAUAUUCUUUUGAAUUCUUGUGCGCCUUGUAAACAAUGACGAUGAUACAAAGAAAAGUAGUACAAGAAUGUUGCACGCUCAAUAAUGAUGAUCGACAUUUCCUUUUUUAUACAAAAACAAAGAAAAAGAAAAAAAGCAAAUGUGAUUCAGCUCACUUAAUAAUUACAUCUUUGACAUAUGUUGCGAUUUCAUAACAGAUAAUCGUUAAUCACAACUUCGCUGAUAACGAUAUUACAAUAUAUCGCAAUAAUAAAUGCGUUGAAUAAAUUAUUUACUAUAAAUGCAUCAAUUUCUUUACAGAGAGAGGCCAAUAAUUUUUAACUUGUUUCGCUCUCUAUUAAACUUAUGUAAUAUUUAUAUAUGUAAAAUCCAUUCACAGAAAUCCAAAAAAUAUAUCAGACGAUCUCUCAUUA